AUGGCCGAGAAACUCGACGCGCCUACCUCUUCCACUGAUGCCGCCUCGGGGCCCAAAGAGGGCAACCUCGCCGGCGGGCCCAAGGCCAUCAUCAAGAACGUCGACAUGAGCGAGGAGAUGCAGCAGGAGAGCGUCGACAUUGCGUCGGCUGCGCUCGAGAAGUACAAUAUCGAAAAGGACAUCGCUGCACAGAUCAAGAAGGAGUUCGACCGACGCCAUGGGCCGACAUGGCACGUCGUCGUCGGGAAGAACUUUGGCAGCUACGUGACACACGAGACAAAGCACUUUAUCUAUUUCUACAUCGGUUCUCUCGCCAUUCUCAUCUGGAAGUCAUGA